UUUAUUGGCCAAGUGUGAUUGGACAUACAAGGAAUUUGUCUUGGUGCAUAUGCUCUCAGUGUACAUAAAAGAAAAGAUACCUUCCUCAAGGUACAACACUUACAACACUUAAUGACAGUCAUAGGGUACAAAUUUAACACUUAAUGAUACAACACUUAAUGAUAGUCAUAGGUUUGAAGACCUCUGGUUUAGGAUCACUUAAUACCGCCCCGUCUUGUCACCAACAAAAGUCCUUCAUGCUCUUCCCGUUAAGCGCAGGUGGGAGCGGGUCCAUCUUUGCAAAAGAAAGCCAACGACCCCACAUUAGACACUUUCAGAUGUUACUUCUCUUAAGCCUCUUCCGCGGGAGCUCUUUUCACCUCAGCGCCGCCGGAGAAGCGGCCACCUUUGGGCGCUCCGCCCCUUCAGGUUGGGCCAGGUCGCUCCCAUUUGCUUAUGAGCCUCUCCGAAACCUGCGGACGCUUACAGGCUGAAACUUGACCCUCCCCGACCAUCGCAAGGUUGGCGGGGCUGGGCGGCGGCGGCGGGCUUGGUUGUACGUGGCCGAGCGAAGUUUCUUUCGCCUUCUCUCUCGCUGCCGCAGCAACCAGGAAACGCCGAGCUUCCCUCGAAGGACUCUCGCUUGGGAAGAACACAAAGCUUUGCGCCCGAUCCCUGGAAAAAGGUUCCCGUGAACUCCGGCGCGUGGCUGAACGUGGGGAGGCCCUUCAGCAGCUCUGGGAUCACAUUCGUGCCUUAUUUUGUGUUUCUAACCAAGUAACAAAAUUGUUGACUGAAUGUUAGCCAUUCAUCAAAUUGAAGCAGAAGCAAGUUCCACUUGUACAUAACUUCAGCAAAAUAGAAGAUGCCCCAUUCCGGGAAAUUUCAUCAAGACAGAGGCUACAUUCCCAGGGAGAAUCCUAAUUAUUUUGAUAAAAGAAGUAGGCCACCAAACUCAUCAGGUGGACGGUUGUCGCAAGGAACAACUGAACAUUCAAGAUCUUCCUUGGCUGUUGCAAACCCAGAGCCGAACCAUCUGGGACCAAGGCAGAGUUAUGACAAUCCCCCGCCUCCCUACUAUCAUUCCAAAAAGACUUUUUCGGAGAAAUGUUCAAACCUGUGUUCCCGAAGAGGUGUCUUGCAGUUUAUCGAAGUCACAGUCAACAUUUUGGUGCUGAUCUGCAUAGGAGCAACCCAAGCGGGUGUCUCUGGUUUCACUUCUCUGGGAGGCCUAGGCUCUUUCAACAUCAACUCAAUGUAUAGUCCAUUUCAGGGGACUGAACUCCAAGAGGUUACCGAGCUGGAUAUGCAGUACAGCCAGAUGAGAGCACCUUGUGUGUAUGGAGGUGUAGCCUUUAGCCUGACCAUGAUGUGCCUAACGCUUCUGUUUCUCAUUGGUGGAGCAAAGCCUAUCCAUCGCCUUUCCCUUGGACUGCUUGCCGCCGAGUGUCUCUUUGACAUCCUCUCCUGCCUUGGUUAUAUAGCGGCUGUUGGCCUCUAUCUCCACUUCGUCAUUCAAGUCAACGCCACGGAUGUGUGCCUGAAGAGAGAAAGACUAUACGCAAGGCGAGGUUACACCUCAAUGAAUUGCAGCGUGCAAGGUGGGGAUGCAUCCGUGGCCCUUUUCGGCCUGGUGGCUGCUUGCCUAUAUUUUGGAAGCUUGGUGGUCUGCGUUCUCACCAUUCGGGAGGUCCGGCAGUUUCAAAAGCAGCGGGACAACAGUCAUUAUAAUCUUGAGAGAACCUACAGGGAAGACGACCAUCCGAAACCCUAUAGGAGCAAAGAAAACAUACACCCCGAAAGGACUUUUGGCACACUUGUGUAAUCUACACCAGAUAGCUCAAUGAAGCCAGACUUUAAAAAAGGGUGUAUAUAUAUAUAUAUAUAUAUAUAUAUUGCACAGAUAAUAGUUAUGUAAUAUAAUAUCAAAGAUGUAUUUUAAAAAUAAUUCUUCCUAGCUAGGAACUUAGUUUUGUAGUUAGUUCCGUAACUAUCUUUAUGGAAAAAGGCAAGGAAUUGCAGGAGUGAUUUUCAGGUUUUUUUUUGCCUGGAUAUAUGUUUUUUCAGUAAGAGCUCUUCUGUAUCAUUAUCUUAAGAUCUCACCCGGAUGUGUCCCUGAAAUUACCCAAGAACUUAAGUUUGAAGAUAUCUAACUUGUAAAGGUAGUGAGAUAGUUAUUGCAAAGAGUGAAUAUGUGGAAGAUCAGUUGUUUUAAUUAUGUAUUGAUUAUAUUUGUAAAUGACCCAGAAAUCAAUUACUGGCUCCAGAUUGAAACUUAAUGGUGUUGACCCAUCAGCUUUAUUAUAUUCAGAAAUUUCUUCUUUUUAAGUGCCUGACUGAAUAGGAAAUCUGGGCAUUAGUUCUCUAUCAUUUAAGUACAUUGAUAUAGUACAGUGAUGGCUAACCUUUUUGCCGUUGCGUGCCAAAAGCGGGGGGGGGGGGGGGGGGGGUUUGCGUGUGCAUGUGCCAAUUCAAUGUGCCCCGCCCCCCCAUGCAUGCUUGCGACCCCCCUGCACUCCCCCCGCUUUUGGCACACGAUGGCACGGUGGGCCUGGAAGGACCGUUUUUCGCCCUCCCCAGGCUCCAGAGGCUUUCUAGGAGCCUGGAAAGGGCAAAAACGGCCUUCCCCACCCCCCCGAGGCCCUAUGGAGGCCGGAAACAGCCCAUUUUCUGACUUCCGGUGGGCCCAGAAGUCCCAAAAACCAGCUGGCUGCAUGCGCUGGAGCUGAGCUAGGGCAAUGCUCGCGUGACCAAGAUAUGGCUGUGUGCCAUAUAUCACGUGCCAUAGAUUUGCCAUCACGGAUAUAGUACAUCUUGCCUGCCUUUGUGCUCUUAAGGUACCUGAGACAAAUCGCCAGCUAUGAUCUAGGCUUGUUAUUGGGUUAAAUCCAGUUCUCACUAGUAACUGAUACAGAGGUGGGGCUGGUAGAAUGCUCCGACAUGUGAUCUGCUGAUUGCUUUGGCAAGGGUCCCAUGGCCCACUGACACUUAGGAGAUGCUUGAUAGAGCCAUGGGGUUGGGGGGUUGUAUUAUUCUUAAGAGGGUUGUUAGGUUGAAAAUAGAGCCUAUAAUAAGUUGAAGUUUACAGUGCUUGGUCUUUUCUUUUAGUUACAUUCUGGGAAAUACUUUGAGUGUCUGGACAGUUUAAACUGGGAAAGGUAUUUUUUCCGUAUCUUCAAGGUUGCGGGUAAAUGCCUCACUUCAACAGUGUCGGGUGACCGAAAGUCAGAAAGCCACCAGGAAGUGGGGGGGGGGGGGAAUGUCCCAAAUUAAUUCAUCCUAAAUUAAUUCAAAACCAUUCUGACUGGACUGACUGACUGGUCCUGGCCUUAUUGCUUUUUAAAUGGAUAGAUCAGCCUUUGUACAUAAAGACUGUGUUAUAGCCACAACUUCUUAAUUUCCAAGAAAGUCAGGGAAGAUGAGACACCCUAGGCCAUGCCUCAUACAUUACUCUGUUGCCUGAAGCAGCUUUGUAUGCUGCCUUUAUCGAAUUUACUUCAGCUUCAACCACAACAAUACACGAGCACACAAUAGAUACAAACUCAAGGUAAACCGCUCCAAACUCGAUUGCAGAAAAUAUGACUUCAGCAACAGAGUGGCCAAUGCCUAGAAUGCACUACCUGACUCUGUGGUUUCUUCCCCAAACUCCCCAAACUUUAAUCUUAGACUGUCUACUGUCAACCUCACCCCAUUCCUAAGAAGUCUCUAAGGGGCAUGCAUAAGCACACUAGCAUGCCUACCGUUUCUGUCCUAAUUUUCCCUUUUAUUUGUAUUCAUUUCAUGUAUUCAUAAUUAUACUUAUAUGUUGCCUAUUACAUGUUUGACGAAAUAAAUAAAUAAAAUAAAAUAAACAUCUUUGCUACAAGGAAAAAAAGAAGCCAGCUGGGUGACCUUGGACCAGUCACUCUUUCUCACCUCACAGGGUUGUUGCUGUAAUAAGAGGAAGAUGGCAUAUUAGAUGUGUUCGCCACCUUGAGCCGUUUAUAAAAAACGUAAUAAAGAUAUAAAUUAAAUAAG